GUAAAACCAAAAGGCAAACCAAAACCACACAGAAACCCUCUUUUCCUACUGAAAUGGCCAUUAGAUGCAGUUUUCCAGCUCUGAAGUCCCUAGAAUAGUCUGGCCCAUGAAACUGAAUUAAGAAGAUGGAGCAUCAUGCUGACUAACAAGGGCUUCCACAAGCCUUUUAUGUGUCAGAGAGAGAGAAGUUUCUUGAAAUGCUAUACUCUUCAUGGAAAGAAAUGUCAAGAAUAAGAAUGUGAACAAAACCUGUAACACUUUGCCAAGUGCCAGAGAAGCCCAUACUAGUGUCUCUAGCCUCUUGCUUCCAGAGCAGGUUUCACCAUCUAACGUGUCGGAUCUUCCCAGAAUUUUGCCCAAAGUAGUGCAUCCAGAAGCUGGAUCCCAGAAAAGGCGACCAGGCACUGCAAUAGUAUCAAAACAGUCAGAUUCUUCAAACAUGUCUCAGGUGCCACUGAAUCGGCCAGUCAUCCCACCAAGAAGACCUUGUUUCAAGAUAUGCUAUAUCUGUGGCAGAGAAUUCGGAUCACAGUCUGUACCUACACAUGAACCCCAGUGCCUAGAGAAGUGGCGUACUGAAAACAAUCAGCUACCAAGUCAUUUUAGAAGACCCAAGCCCAGGAAACCUGAGGUCCUUACUGGUGGUUCCUAUACGUUUGCAGCUGAAAAUGAGGCAGCUUAUCAGAGCACUCAAGCUCAGCUCCCGCCCUGUAGAAAUUGUGGCCGAACCUUCUUUCCUGACCGUCUCAUGGUGCACGAAAAGUGUUGCAGAGGAGGUAGCAGCAGCGUGGGGCAAUCACGCGCUAGCCCCAGUACAUCUGUUAAAGGCCCAGGCUUUGGGUCUGCCUCAGCAAGUGAUCCAUCCAAGACCCAUCUAGGCAAGAGUGGGGCUGCACCAGCCGUAUCAGACAAGGCACAAGUGAUAAAAAGGCCAACAGUGAUUUGUUACAUAUGUGGCCAUGAGUACGGGACAAAAUCUAUUAGUAUCCAUGAGCCACAAUGCCUGAAAAAGUGGCACCAGGAGAAUGACUUGCUACCCAAGCACUUGAGAAGGCCAGAGCCCAAAAAGCCUGAAGUCAGACCUGUGCAAGCCAAAGGCUUCUAUGAUCUCGAUUCUUUAAAUGAGGCUGCCUGGAUCAGCGCCCAGAACCAGCUUGUUCCAUGUGAUAUUUGUACUUUUCUUCCAGACAGACUGAUAGUCCACCAGAAGUCCUGUAAACCAAAACCUGCAACAUGAAGUGGAUGUAACACAUAUGCAUGCAUAUUCGUGCAUGCUGACACAGGUGUGGGUGAGUGUGCAUGAAUACACACACACAUGCACUCAUACCUUUCAGCCAAACCAUAAGAGAAAUAAAA